UUCCUUGUGACAGGGAUGACUAAUUUCCCAGCCGGUGUUUGUUGUCUGAUAAGAAAUCCUGUGACUAAUGUCACUUCAACUCUUUCAUCACCGCGUGUGAAUAGUGCUAGUGACCAUUUGUUCACGGUAUUUGAUCGGUAGCACAAUGACAGUAUUUUAAACGCGGAAACUAGGUAGAAACAACUGACGUGAACAUGUUUUUGUUUGAGCGCUGUAUCCGUAAGUUUCGGUUGCUGCUGUCAUAAUUAUGAAUCUGCAGAUUUUUACAUGCAGUUCAGCACUAAUUUGACGCCAUAGUAUUAAAGAAUUCUCUACUUGAUCCGAGCUGUCCUACUUCAACCCUGAUGAUGGAGUCAACUGAAAGAAGACCGAGUAGUGACUAUACUGAAAUAAUUAGCCGUCUUCCACUAAAACACCGUUUAGCCUAUGGUGUUGGCCAUGUUUUGAAUGAUAUAUGUGCGUCUAUGUGGUUUACGUACCUUCUAGUAUUUUUUCAUUUGGUGCUACAGUUCAACAGUUUUUUAGCUGGCCUAGUGCUGUUAAUUGGACAAAUAGCAGAUGCAGUAGCCACACCAUUUGUAGGAUAUCAGUCGGAUAGAGAUGACAACUUUUGGCUCUGCAAGUACGGAAGACGCAAAACAUGGCAUUUGUUUGGUACAGUGUGUGUACUAUUCAGCUUUCCUCUGAUAUUCUCACCGUGCUUGAACUGCGAACAUAGCCAUCAGUGGGCUCAGCUUAUAUAUUAUUCUGCAUUUGUAAUCAUCUUCCAGCUGGGUUGGGCAUCCGUACAGAUUUCACAUCUUUCACUAAUUCCUGAUCUCACUCCAAGUGAGCAUGAACGCACAGAAUUGACAGCUAUAAGGUAUAGUUUUACAGUCUGUUCCAAUGUAUUUGUGUACAUUAUUACAUGGGCAAUUUUGCACUUCACAAGUGAAAAUUCAGAAGCACAAAUAGGCCCAAAAGAUUUAACAAAAUUUCAGAAUGUAUCACUGAUUGGGAUUGGAGUUGGUGCAUUUGCAUCUCUGAUAUUUCAUCUGGGUGUCAAGGAAGCACCACCACGCAGUGAUGGCUUAAUGCAUGGUCCAGGUGGCAGACGCACAGCAUUACACAUGCUGAAAGAUAUCCAGCUUUAUCAGGUUGCAGGAGUGUAUAUGGCAACUAGGCUCUUUGUCAAUCUCAGCCAGGUUUACAUCCCUCUGUACCUGCAUGAGUCACUGAGUAUGAAUGCAGAAAGCUUGGCAAUAGUUCCACUUGUCAUGCUUCUGUCCAGUUUCGGAACAUCAUUGCUGAUCAAACUGUUAAACAAGAAACUUGGCAGAAAGGUAGCAUAUUUAGUUGGGGCUGCUGUGGGGUUUGCUGGGUGCUUAUGGAUCCAAUUUGGAUAUGGCAGUGCAUUUGUUAGAUACGAAAUCUAUGGUGUUGCAGCUUUAUUGGGUGCUGGAGGUUCCAUAAUGUUGGUGACAAGUCUUGGUAUCACAGCUGACUUUAUUGGGCAUAACACUGAAAGUGGUGCAUUUGUAUAUGGGGCAAUGAGUUUCACUGACAAAUUGUCAAAUGGAGUUGCUGUAACUAUAAUACAGACAUUGAAAUGUGGCACACUGUGUGUUGGCUACUACCGAGAUGUAAUGACAUAUGUGUGUGGUGGUGCAGCUUUAUUUGGUGUUGUUGCUUUAGUGACCCUGAUGCCAUUCCAGAUAGGGAGAAGAAAGGAUGGUGCAGCACCACCAUACAGUUCACUGACUUCUGAAGAACAAACAGAUGGCUUUGUUAAUACCAGCAUCCAAAAUGAAAAUCAAGCUGGCCUGAUAUCUUAAUGUAUAAUUGUUGUUACUAUAUGACUGUUGACUGUGAUAUAUUUUGUAAAUGGUACUGACUCAUAAACUUAGUCACUUAUAAUUUGUUGUUGUGUGUGAAUUUUUAUUGUACCUACUGUUUCAAAAAAAUGGUUUCCUUGUUUGUUUAUAUAUAUAUAUAUAUAUAUAUUCAUCAUCAAGUAUGUGUGCAAUGAUUGCUUUAGCAAAUGUUGUAUUUAUUUAUUUGUUGUUUAAUGAGUGUAGUUUAAAAAUGUUUUGCACACACACUACAUGGAAGAUAACUGGCAGGAGACUUUUGAAAUUAUACUUCAAAAGUUUUGUGAUGUUGCUUCCUAGACAAUGCAUUUUUUAAAAAAAGAUUACAAGUAGUACAGUUUUAUUUUAUUUAUUUAUUUAUUUUUAAUAUUGCUUGCUCUAUUGCUAAAGAAUUUCAUUCUAUGCUUUCAUCUCCAGGUGGAAACUGUAGUGUAUUAACAAGAUUAUUUGUUGCUAACAGUGCACAACUUUAAUACGGAGUUUCUGUGAACAAAUUUUAUUCAUAGUAUGUGUGUUUGACUUUCAAGAAUUCCCAUAUGUAAUCAUAAUAAGAGGUAUUUGUAUUUUACACUCCAUUUAUGGCUGACAACCUGAAACUCUGUUUUAGCAAACAGCUAGUAGUUACCUGAUCUUUUGUACUAUGUACAUAAUUUGAUAAUGCUACAAAACACUUUGUAAAACUUCUUGUUAAAUGUAAUACAAAUAGGAAAUUUUAUAUUGGACUAAGUUUCAAAUAUGCACAAUUGUUGCAAACAGUUUAGAUGACCACUUUUGAUAUUAUGAUAUUAGUUUACACUACAUUGGAGAACAAUAUGAGCUUUUGUUUUCAUUUUUGUAAUCCAACUGAAUGUGAUCUUUUAUGCUGUGGUUAAUACUUUAUUUCAGUUAUCAAUUUCCAAAAAAAGGAAAGAUGUUGCCAAUAUGCCAUACAGUACUCUUAAAGGCCAAUGUAACCAGAUCUAAUUCCAUAUUAGCUUUCUUGUAUCUUCUGCAAAAGUACUUCAGAUUUUACUCUUACACAUAUUCUCUCUUCUUUCAUUUCCUCUGUUCUGGGAGUGUCUUAUAGGAAAGGCAUAUUGUAGCUAGUCACCAACAGGAGUAGACAUUCAAAGUAACAUAAUUGAAACUAUUUCCAAAACGGACUUUUUUAUUUGUUAUUUAUGUGAACUUGAAAGCUGGAGGUAUAGGUUUAUGGGUAGUUAAAGCCAUUGAUAAGAACCAUUCAUUAACUAGACAUCUUGUACGAAUAUUUUAUGAGCAAAUUAGCACCAUUUCUGAAUUUGAGUGCAGGCACAUUUCUUUGAUAGACAUGAUCUUUGAGAUAGUUCACUCUUAGAUUCCAUUCAUAUACCAUAAGAAACUAAUAGUUGACAAUUGUAACUGAUUUUCAUGUUGACCUCUGAAUUCUUUAAUAGCAUGUUCGAGAAAGGUGACAUAGUUUUAGUGUUCAAAUCAUUGAAUUAAGUGCACUUCACGCUUCAUAUAAGUUAUUUGUUUCUUUUUUAAUGUUAACCCAUUAAGCUGUCCACAAAUAACUUAAGAUUGCAUAACGUUAUCAUCUUUUGUAUCUUAUAUUCACCUUCAAAUUUCCACCUGCGAAGUCUGAAUUGCCAAAUUUCAUUUCACUGAGGCCUCUUGUAUGUGUUUGUACUUAGUAUACAGAAAAUUUAAAAUAUUUACAUAAAACUUAUGCUCACACAUUUGCGUUGCAGAUGAGUGUCUCACCAUAUCAUGCAGUGGUAUUGUAGCAGCAUGCAGCAUGGCAAAUGUCUGGCGAUAUUUAGAGAUUGAAUUUUACACUGUGGCAGUAUUUAAACAUUCCUUCUACCCUACAGGUAGCAGACUGGAAUUGAUCCUGUACCCAUCGGUUACAUGUAGCCACAGCAUCAUUGACUGUAGGUCCUUUCCUGGCUGUUGCUGGUGUGGUUUCUUGCUUUUAUCAGCAAGUCCUCUUUCUUGCUUUUAUCAGCAAGUCCUCUUUCUUUGCAGAGCUGUUGCCAAGCUUGUGUGUCUCAAUAGAUACUCUGUAUAGAAGGUUUGAUAGCUCUUGACGGCAUAUCUUACGUGUGCCAUCAAUUCUUUUUAUAAUGAUAUGUCAUGCUGAAUCACAGCCACCAGUGCCGAUUAUUUCAGCAAACCUGUCAUUGAAUUGUAAUUUUCCACAGUUAUGUGGUAUUCCUCAAACUCCCUAUGCUGUGAGUAGUUCUAUCUUUUUGUCAGUUUGUGUACCAUCUUUAUGCUACGCUUGCAUUGGAAUUCCUGAUAUUUCCUCUUGUGGUGUAUCUCAGGCUUGGUCUUAGUGAUGCUCCUGGCACUCGUGAUGUUAACUGCACUGCUCCAUGUGUCUGAGGUGCUGUGGCUCACAUGCUCAUCUGGACUAAGAGUACUGAUGAUACUUUUCUGCAAAAUGUCAUAUAGUAUCCCACAAGACAAUGCAAGGAGAGCACUUACAGUCUGCACAAGUACAACAAUGAAAGCCUCAUUAUCACUUCAGUGGCGGUGCACAUCUUAAUUUUUGUCACCUAAUUUCUGUACAGGAAUACAUCUUGCAUAGUGAAUGUCAAAAAAUUAUUCUGAAUGUGUCUUCAAUUGAAAAUUUUUGUUCAGCCAUGUUGUGUUGCAUAGCUAUGUCAUUAGGCUUUAUAAUUCUUUUCUCAGAAAUCUGAUCAAGUUUAAACAUAGAAAAUGAAAUUAAGGUGUGUGUGCGCGUGUGUGUGUGUGUGUGUGCGCGUGUGCGUGUGCACAAUGUUCAGUUCUUAUAAAACUGAAACAGAAUGUUUUAUGAGUAGUAUUGAUCUACUGAUGUGCAGGGUUAAAGUAAAGAAAGAUGCUUAAUGUGUAGCCAUUUGGGAAGCAAAUAUUAACAAUAUUGUGUUAAAAGACCCAGGGUAGACAGGUGGAAUAAAAAUGUUUCAAACAUCAGAUUUGAAUCACCUUGCUCACUAAGUGUACAGGUUAAAAGAAUUAGCAUAAAAACUACGGAACAGGAGAAACAUAAAAAAUCUAUUAGCAAUGUUCUGUUUUAUAGGAAUAAUUGUAUAAUAUUAUUGAAUCAUAGUCAAAUAUUAUCGUCUGACACAAUUUUAAGGGUCCAUAAAGCUUGAUAUGGCCAAGUGUGGUUUUAAAAAAGCUAGAAAAACCGUAGUUGACAACUGUGUUGAAAAGUCUUACAGGUUAAGCCUCCAUUACUCUGUAGAAUUGAGUUUUACCACCACCACCACCACCACUCAGGUUAUUAAGAUCUAUUGUUAGGUGCAUUUGUAUAUAAACGAACUUGAGUAGUUAUCCCUGCCUACAGAAUAUUUUUCCUUACAUAGUUUUAUUGGUGCUAAAUGUGUAAAACUAAUCAUAUCAGAACCUGAAGGAAAAUGUUCAAAUCCAAAUUGCGGAUUUUUUGCUAAAUUUUGAAUACUAUAUAAUAGUUCAAGAAUUUUUUUGCUUCGACAUGUCUUAAAACUUAACAUUCUGAGUCGAUGUAGUGAAGGAUUACCUUAUGUUUAAUUUUUAUGGAAGCACCUCAUUGAGUUUAUUAUGGAAACAUUGUAUAUUACAGUAUCAGUCAGACCACAUAGUUGCAGCUCACGGAAUGUAGAACAAAAACAACCUGAAAAAAUUAGAAUUGCCUAUAAGCUUGCAAGUGAUAUUUGAUAUGUCCUCUCUGUAAUUGUGGGCCCUAGUUCAAACGUGUUCAUAAAUAGGGCCAAGAGAAAUGCUGCUUUACUUAAAGCUUUCAUAUAAUUGUAUAUGUGACAACGAAUUCUUAUUUGAUAUUUCCGUCCAAUAAGGUAUUUUCCCCUGUAAAAUCCUCUACUUUUUAUAACUUAUUGCUGCCACACUUUAUCACAAAUUUGUGAUAAUUUUGACUUGGAAAAAGUAAUGUUUCAAAGAUUUAUUUUUGUAACUUUUUCAGUUGAAUGUGAAACUCCUAUUACAUGUAAGAGUGAAUAAUCUGAAUACCAUUUUGCACUUUUAAGUUGCAUGGUUUCAGCUGUGUUUGUCUUAAAUUAUUAUGACUUAGACUUCCUGAAUAAUCGUUUUGUUAAUUAUUUGUACCUCAAAUAUAAUGACACUUACGCGAAAGUAUGUCAUUACUAUGCUGAAUGUGGGUUAUCCUCUCUCUAUAUAUGUGUUUUGCCCUCCAUUGAAGGUUAUAAUAUUGUGUGUCACUAAAUGAAUUAAUCUCUUUUAGCACCAAAUGUAACAGGCAUUACCCUAUAUGAUAAUUCUUGUUAGUCUUCUAAUAACAGCUCAGAUGCUGACCAGUUUCUGCCUAACCACAUUCAUGGUUUGAAGAUUUUGUACUUAAUAUUUUAAUGCCAACAUUGAUAUUGGUAGGAUUUGUGAAAUGUAUUCUGUAUUAAUCAAAUUAAGAAACUGAAUCUGCUGAAAAUAAAUGUUCCUACUCCUUGAAUCUCCUAUAAGUCACAGUUAUAGAUUUUCUCUGAUUAUUUGUGUUUUGUAGUCAGCUUUGAUGAGAUAAAGGCUAUAUAUCCACAUGCAUUUCAUUUUUGGUUUUGAGUUUACUUUAGUUCCAGCUUCAGGUAUUGUCCUGUGACAAUGAUCCCUUCCAGAAAUAUAAUAUUAGUCUUUAAGACAAAAUUCUGUUUCCCUGUUUUUUCCAUUGAUUCCUACAGAUAUCAAUGAAUAACAUUGUGUACCUGAAAAAUGUGUAUUUUUCAGCUCUUACUGCUGGCUCUUUCAGCAUAAACACUUGAAUAUGUUGCAAAUACUCACUCAGAAAUUAUUUGUAGAAAUGUUACUUUAAGUUAUCCUGUCAGAAGUAUAAGUACUCAGUUUUGUAUUACUAUGUAAUAAGAAGGUUUCUUGAAAACUGUUUUUUGUGUAUCCUUUACUUACUAAAAUUGUGAGACCAAGACAUUGUUUUCAUAGCUUGUUGUUUUUAUUUAUGGAUCACAAAUCAUUGCCUCUUGUAUAUUUUUAAAAGCACUAUUGUGAAUGUUGUCAAGGUACUAUGUUUGAGGUGAUACGGAAGAAUUAGUGUGUUAUAAGGUAACACAUUUUUUAAAGAGCACAAAGAGAGAGAUUUAAUUAGCACAAUGUGAUAAAUUAUAUUUUAUAACCUGCAGAAGUUUAUUUAUGUGAAUCAUUUAUAUUUAUUCAGCACAGUAUUUUAUGAAAAUAAAAU